AUCGGAGGCGUACACCGAGGCGUUGAACACAGUUUGGACAUAAGCGCCGAUUUGACAGAAUUGGGCCGAACGCCGAUUGCCGUCAUCUGUUCCGGCGUUAAAUCAAUACUCGAUAUUCAAAAAACGUUGCAAUUUCUUGAAACUCAAGGCGUUUGUGUUGCGGUGUUUAAUGGCGAUCAACAAAGUCCUCAAAAAGUUGAAUUUCCAGCAUUUUUUAGUCGUAAGAGUGGAUCUCAAGUGAACUAUAAUCUAAAGACCGCGGAGGAAGCGGCGCGUCUUAUAUUACAUAGAAAUCAAUUGUCUCUAAACUCGGGUAUUGUAAUUGCGGUCCCGAUUCCACUCCAACAACAAUCAGAUGGAGAAUUAAUUACUAAGUCUAUCGAUGAGGCCAUCAUUGAAGCGAAUGAAAAAGGCAUAAUCGGCAAAGAAGUGACACCAUAUUUGCUGAAACGAGUUAAUCAAUUAAGUGGUGGCCGUUCUCUCACGUCAAACAUUGCUCUCAUAGAAAAUAACGCUAGAAUUGGGGCUGAAAUAGCUUUUCAAUACAAUAUGCUAUUAAACGUAUCGAAACAACGUUUGAUUAAUACGUCUAACGAUACGAUUGAUUCAAAACGGAUAAACAAAAGCAAUAAAAGCCAUUAUUCUUUUGAGUUAUCGAAGACUAGUAUUAGUGAAUCGAUGGCCAAAUCGGGACAUCAAGAAGAAGGUCCAAAAGAAGAACGAAACGACAAUCAAUCAGAUGAGUCGAGUCCUGUAGUGAUCGGCGGAUCGAUAUAUGACAUCGUGGCUGACGCUAACACCGACUCAUUACGUCCUAAAUUAAAGAUUCACUUGAAUACAAAUAUAUUGAGAAGAAGGAAUUCAAAUGAAUCCAUUAUAAAAAUGAGUGAUGAGAUCAGGUCUGCAAUACAUGACAACAGGCCUAUUGUGGCCCUGGAAUCCACUAUCAUUACACACGGAAUGCCAUUCCCUAUUAAUUUGCAAAUGGCACUAAAUGUGGAGACAUUAGUGAGAAAAAGAGGUGUCAUUCCGGCCACCAUUGCUGUAAUCGACGGCAAAAUAUGUGUUGGACUUAAUAAACAACAAAUGCUAUUACUAUCUGAAGACGCUAUU